AAGAGCAGCAGAAAGCUGCAAACUGUCAGAGAGGAGCUGGAUUUUCCUCCUCUGCUUUUACACAGCUUUCUGGUGUCUUAUUUGAGGUGUAGGUAUAGGCAGCUUGGUGGACAUUUGUUAUCCUUUACCACUUUUACAUGACUUUGCAAUGAGUUUGAAGAUUCUUCACAUCUGACCUUUAACUGUGGGAGGGUUCAGCUUAACCUGAACCAGACUGGAUUUAAAGAGCAGAAGAGAAACGACAGAGGAAGGGUGCUGGGAGUCACCCGGCCGGUGCUCACAGGCUGGGGCAGCGCUGGAGUGGGUGCAGGGGAACUGGAGUGCGGGACCGGGUGGGAGUGCUAGUCCUGGUCCUGCUGACGGUUCGGAAGGGGAAGAGGCUGGCUCGGGUUCAGGGUUUGGGUCGGGAUAUGGUGGCCCGGAGAGGGCGGAGGGUGGAGCGAUGCUGAGCGUCAUCUGGGAGACUGAGGGGCUGCAGACAGUGGGCAUUGUGGUGCUAGUGUUCGCCUCCAUCAAGCUCCUGCACAUCCUGGGGCUCAUCAGCUUCUCAGAAGACAGCGUAGAAGAUGAGCUGGAGCUCUCUGCAGUCCGUCAUCGCCCUGAGGGCCUGGAGCAGCUCGAGGCACAGACACGGUUCUCUAGGAAGGAGCUACAAAUCCUCUACCGUGGCUUCAAGAACGAAUGUCCAAGUGGAGUCGUCAAUGAAGAUACCUUUAAAGACAUCUACGCACAGUUUUUUCCACAAGGAGAUGCUUCGACGUACGCACAUUUCCUGUUCAACGCGUUUGACACGGAUCAUAACGGGUCUGUGAGCUUCGAGGAUUUUGUUAUGGGCCUUUCAAUCCUGCUGCGAGGCACAGUCCAGGAAAAGCUCAUUUGGGCUUUCAACCUUUAUGACAUCAAUAAAGAUGGAUACAUCACUAAAGAGGAAAUGCUGGACAUCAUGAAGGCCAUCUAUGACAUGAUGGGUAAAUGUACUUACCCCGUCCUUAAAGAAGAGACGCCUCGUCAGCACGUAGAAGUAUUCUUUCAAAAGAUGGAUAAAAAUAAAGAUGGUGUGGUAACCAUAGACGAGUUCAUUGACUGUUGCCAAAAUGAUGAAAACAUCAUGCGAUCGAUGCAUCUCUUUGAAAAUGUUCUCUAACUUUUGGCUGCUUAGCCAACCAUUGGAGAGAAGCUUCAUCUUUAGCAUGGCCCAGUUACUGAUUUGGACUCAUACUGUCUACAGUGUGCUAUGCAGACUUUUGACCAUAGAUAGAUUGUUCAUUAUCACUCUUGGGCCACAAUUAGAAAUAGCAGCAUGUUGGGAACGCUCUGGAAUUUAUUUUCUUUUGAUAAGAUAUUAAAAUAGGAUUAAUUAAAAUGAAUUAUUGGAUAGGAGGUUAAUUCAAAUGAAAACACAAAAUCAGCCCAUUAAGCCUUGUUUUAUUUACUGCCAAAUGACGUCACUGUGACUCACAACUUUAGACAAAUUGAACAAUUUGAAGUUCCAGAGUGUUCUAAGUUCUUACCAGACUUAGAAAAGUGUGGUGUGUGAUUUUACUCUUUAUUUAGAGAGAAAAGACACAUAUGUUGUACUAUUUUGAAUUGUACAUACUGAAGAUUGAACAAUGAGAAAUUAGUUUUAGAUUUUGCUCAUGUUUACCUGCCAACUACACAAAACAAGGAUUGUAUUGAUGUCAGAAUUGGACCAUAUCUUAAGCACAUGAGUACAGAUGAGGAAAAAUUUGUUGGCACCUCUGGUAAAGAUCUGUCCUAAGCCUUGAAAUUGUUUAUUUCUUACGCAUAAUUUUACAUUAAAAUAAGUGAAAUGUAAGCAUGUCUAUUCCAAGCAUGCUCACACUCUUUAUAUCCUGUUUUUAUGCAGGUUCUACCAUUUCAUUUUCAAAAUGCCUGGUUGGUUGUUUUAGAACAUAAUAGCCAUAAAAAUGAUGCUGUUUAAUGCUUUAUACUUUUAAAACUAUUAACAUUUUUUAAAAGAAUUUAAAUAAAUGUUGAUAAAUGAGUUUUUAAUUUAUUCUAACAUUGGGCUAUUUCAAUAUUACAUUUUAUAUCAGUCAGUAGCUUACUGCUGUACCUGAAGCUGUAGUAAACAUGAAUUUUUGUCUCAGUUUGUAAAAACAUUCCUUUAUAUUUCCUGGUUGAGCAGCUACACCCAUAACGGAACAGAAUGUUUGACAGCAA